AUGCGAUCGUUUUAUCCAACUUGGAUCGCUCCGAAUUUACUAACAUUAAGCGGUUUUUUAUGUGCGUUAUUUGCAUUUUUUGUUGUGUCGUUCUUCGAUUAUGAAUUUAGCUCGAAUUCACAAUUUUCAUCGUCAACACAUACACUUGAUGGAACAGAUGGAAAACAAGCUCGUCGUACGGGUUCGAGUGGACCAGUUGGAGAACUUUUUGAUCAUGGCCUUGAUUCGUGGUCAGUUUUACCAUUCACUGUAACGUUGUUUUCUGCUUUUGGAAGAGGUGAAUUCGGUUUAACAACUCAAAGUUUUCUCUGUAUUUUAAUCGGUUCACAGUUUACAUUCAUUUUAUCACAUUGGGAAAAAUAUAAUACUGGUGUUUUAUAUUUGCCUUGGGGAUACGAUUUCAGUCAAUUUAAUAAUGUAUAUGAAAUCGUUUUGCCAUUAUUUUCAUCUUUUACACUUUUUAUCAUAUCUUAUUUUUGGGCUGAAUAUUCUCCUAAUAAUAUCAGUGAUAUAGAUCCGCGUGUAUUUUACUGCGUGAUGAGUACAGUUUUCUCUAAUAUCGCCUGUCGCUUAAUUGUUUCGCAAAUGUCAUCAACUCGUGCGGAAGCUUUUAAUGGCCUUUUAGGCAUUUAUUGUUCGGUGUUUUUAAUGUGUAUUCCUGGGUAUUUUAGUGCUGUUUAUGAGUUAUUGUUAUUACGUGUCUUAUGUAUCGUCCUUAUAAUUGCUCAUUUACAUUACGGCAUUUGUUUGGUAUGUUUUUUAAUUUUUUAA